AUGAAGGAGGACUCGAGAAAGUACAAACCUGAAGACAUCAUCCGCUUGAACGUUGGGGGACAAAGAUUUGACACCUUCCUUGGAACUCUUCUAGCAGACCGUUCAAAUGAGAUCUACCCACAAUUUGUUGUUCUGCUCGAUCCAGAGACAACAGUCGAUCCACCACCACCAACGGACAGUGAAGGAGCAUUCUUCCUAGACCGAGAUCCAGACAGCUUCCGCGUACUUCUAAACGGACUACGUUAUCUCAUUCAGAGCCAAUGUAUGUUGAACUUUCAUAAUCGUGUUCUUUUCUUUUAUUAUGCGAGCUAUAGAACACCGGUCAAUCCCAAAACACCCGUAAUCAUAUUAGAACUACCAAUCCCAGCCACACCCAUCUAUACACAGCAAUUACUGUUGAUACACCAUAUUUCAGCUCAACAAUUACAAAACGGAACGAUCAAAAACACCUGUAGUGAGGAAGAUCUACGUCCAGGAAAGGAAAAUAGAGGAAUAUGGCACAGAUUCCGUGGGAAGUAA